CUAGGUUCCUUCCUGGAGGUAUUGGUGAUCCACCGCUACUAGAUAUGGAAGUCCAUUGGGCGAAAGCUUUUUCUAUUCCGUCCAAAACUAUUUGAACCAUAUGAAAAUACACAAACCUACAAAUAAUCACCAAACCGACUAGAAUAAAUUCAGUCAAGCGUAUAGACUACCAACUUGAAACAGUGCCGAUACAACAAGAAGUGAGCGUAAAGAAAACAUUUGAUUUAUCCAAGCUCGUAAAAGGAUAUUGGAUUAGGGAUACGCUCCGAUACAACCAUUUGGACCAUUUGACUGAUACGUUACAGUUGGUUUUUGGCAAGUAAAAAUUUUAAUAUAGACAGAACUCAUUUGAUUUCACUACAUAAAGUAAGGUAAGGAUUAAUUCAUCUUUUGUCUUUGGAUAAGUGUUACCCAUUAUAUUGAGAUAAGCUGAUUAAGAAGUAUUUUUGUAACCUACCCGAGCUCCCAAUUUGGAAAGUUUGGGGGAAAUCAUCAAAAUGACCUUGACCGAGGUUGAAGGGGAAUUUCGGGGAAAUAUUGGGGUUUUUGUGCCAUUUCUCCAAAAUCUCCUCAAAGUUUACUAUGGCGGCUUCCCCAAAAUUUCUCCGAAACUUCAAAUUUUCCCCAAAAUUGGUUGAUUAACUAUAGCUGGUGUUUUAUUGGUCUUUAAAGACAUAAUUAUGUCGAAUCUCUACAUGAAAAGCAUGUGAAGGCGAAUAAUUAUAGCUUAAAGGUUAACAAUGAAGGUUGGAUGUAUUCAGACAUACGAUGCUUCUAUGCUUACCUAUGAUCAUAUCGAAGCUUCCAAUGUAAUACAGUUAGCUAAGGAGCUUACAAAUACAAAACUACCAACAGAUAUUGAAGUGGAAUGGCUGUUAAAAGCAAUUUGCUUAAUCGAUUUAACCACAUUAGCUGGGGAUGAUACACCUGUCAAUGUACAAAGACUUUGUGUAAAAGCAGUUCAUCCGCUAAGUGAAUGCGUUUUGAAUAAAAUUGAAAAUGCGUUCAAUAUGAACCUACAAGAUUUAAGAACAGCUGCUGUAUGUGUUUAUCCAUAUCAAGUUAAAACAUGCGCAGAAACUUUUAAGAAAUUAAAAUUACCAAAUUUUAAUAUUGCUUCUGUUGCUACUGGUUUUCCUACUGGACAGUAUCCUUUAGAAACUCGGCUAUUGGAAAUUAAAUCAGCUAUAAAUGAUGGAGCGAAUGAAAUUGAUGUGGUAAUAAAUAGAACAUUAGCUUUACAAGGUGAUUGGGAAGGAGUUUAUAAUGAAGUAUGUGCGAUGCGUAAAGCUUGUGGUGAUCAAGCACACUUAAAGACUAUUCUUGCUACUGGUGAAUUAAGCAGUUAUGAUAAUGUUUAUAAGGCUUCAAUGGUUUGUAUGUUAGCUGGAGCAGAUUUUAUUAAAACAUCUACUGGAAAAGAAACAGUCAAUGCAACACUCCCAAUUUCAUUGGUUAUGGCUAGAGCUAUUCAAGAUUUCAAUGAAGUAUAUGGCAUCAAGGUUGGUUUCAAACCUGCCGGUGGUCUUCGUACAGCUAAAGAUGCCAUCGAUUAUCUCCAAUUAAUCGAUAAUGUUCUUGGCUCUGAUUGGAUAAAUCCAGAUUAUUUACGAUUUGGAGCUAGUUCAUUAUUGGCCAAUAUUGAAACUCGACUAUACAGUCUAUGCCAUAAUGGUUUAAUACCAUUACCUGGUGAAUUAGACUUUUUCUAAUUGUUGAUUACCUUCUUUUUUCUCUCUCUUGUUUUCUUUCAAUUUAUUCGAUUUGAUUAUUUUUGAUGAUUAUGUUUGCCUUAAUUUUGUUGUUGUUGUUGUUGUUGUUGAAGAAAAGGUCGUUUCUAUCAAUUUCUUUUAAAAAAAAUUUUGAUAAACCAAACGCUAUUUAUAUUUUGUACACAUUUCGUUUUGACUAUAAAAAGAAUACAAAGAGGUGUGGUGAUAGAAGUAGAGAGGAAAGCAAAACGAAAAAAAAUACAACAACAACAACAACUGUAUGCUUAGUCAAUAGGUUUUUUUUUGUUUAACGAAAAAAAAAAGAAAUAAAUGACAAGGGGUUUCUAUUUACGCCUAUUCUCAUUUGUUCCUUGUCGAUUUUCACUGUGAAUCCCUCUGACACUUACUUUUUAGGUUUGUGUGUAUCACACAUCGAAAUAUAUAUAUAUAUAUAUAUAU